UCGCGAGCGGUACUGCAAUGGGUCUGAUUUCAACGGCUCUAUUCGUUAUUGCGGCCUUCUUGGGCCUGAUAUAUAUCUUCCUGAUCUGGAACUUUAACUAUUGGAAGAAGCGAGGCAUCCCAUCGGCCAAAUCAUGGCCAUUUGUUGGCAGUUUUCCCAGCGUUUUCACCCAGAAGCGGAACGUGGUCUACGACAUCGAUGAGAUUUAUGAACAGUACAAAAACACUGAUAGCAUCGUGGGAGUUUUCCAGACCAGAAUGCCACAACUCUUGGUAACAACUCCAGAGUACGCACACAAGGUUUUAGUCAGUGACUUCCGCAGCUUCCAUGACAAUGAGAUGUCCAAGUUUACCAACAAAAAGAAGGACAAGAUCUUGGCCAACAAUCCGUUCAUUCUGACUGGUGAAUCCUGGAAGGAGAGACGUGCUGAGGUCACACCCGGACUGUCGGCCAACCGGGUUAAAGCUGCCUACCCGGUCUCGCAACGCGUAUGUAAAAAGUUUGUCGAUUACAUCAAACGGCAGCUACUGAUGGCCUCCUCAGAUGGCCUUAAUGCCAAGGAUCUCUGCUUGUGUUAUACCACCGAAGUGGUAUCCGAUUGCGUCUUAGGAAUCUCAGCACAGAGUUUCACGGAUAAUCCCACUCCACUGGUCGGAAUGAUUAAACGCGUCUUCGAGCAGUCCUUUGGUUUCAUUUUUUAUACAGUGAUUGCCAAUCUAUGGCCACCAAUCCGAAACUUCUAUAGCGUUGGUCUCUUUGCCAAGGAUGUGGAGGAGUUCUUUUACGAUAUCAUGAGGAAGUGCAUCCAAAUGAGGAAGGAUAAUCCUGGUCAGCAGAGAGAUGACUUCCUUAACUACAUGUUGCAGUUGCAAGAAAAAAAGGGACUCGACGCCGUGGAGUUGACCUCACAUACCAUGACUUUUCUCACGGACGGAUUCGAGACCACUGCGCAAGUUCUAACCCACGUUCUUCUUUUGCUGGGCCGCAAUCCUGAGGAGCAGAGGAAGUUAAGGGAAGAAAUUGGAACCGCUGAGCUGACUUUCGAGGAGUUGAGUGAACUACCCUUCAUCGAGGCCUGUGUUAAUGAAACUCUACGCCUUUUCCCACCUCUACUGGCUGCCCGUAAGAUUGUAACCGAGCCUUACGAGUUUGUCAACAAAAAUGGAGUGAGUGUGAAAGUUUACCCGGGAGAUGUGGUCAUCAUUCCAUCCAACGCCAUUCAAUACGAUUCUCAAUACUACGAAGAUCCGCAGUCUUUCAAGCCUCAGCGUUUCCUGGUCGAUGGUGGAGCCAAGAAGUACAGAGAUCAGGGUAUCUUCUUUGGUUUCGGCGAUGGUCCUCGCAUUUGUCCAGGCAUGAGGUUUGCAGUCACCCAAAUUAAGGCCGCUCUAGUGGAAAUCGUAAGGAACUUUGACAUCAAGGUUAAUCCCAAAACACGCACGGAUAAUACCUUCGAUGAUACCUAUUUUAUGGCUGCCUUAAAGGGAGGAGUUUGGCUUAACUUUGUGGAGCGGAAAUAGUUUUUUAAUAUGAAAAAAAAAGCAUCUCAUCUUGAAAAAUGUAUUUUAUACUGAAAACUAGAGAUUAUAGUUCAGUUAAACUUCUGCAACAA